CGGUCGCCUCGGUCCCCAGCGCCGCCGCCCCUCCCCCACCCCGCUCCCGCUCCCGCCUUCCCGUCUCCUCCCUCCCUGUCUCAGUGGCCCCAGACCGACCGGCGGGCGGAGUCUGGGAGCGUGGCACCUGCGAGCGGGUGAGCUCGCGGGAUGAGAAGACAGUCCCCAGCACCAGCAGGUGUGCGCGGGGUUGGGGCGACGAGGGACAAAGGAGAGAGGAGGGCCUCAUGUCCGACUGCUGGUGCUUCAUCUUCUGCAAGGAACGCAUUAGAAGCAAUCCUCCGUCACCACAGCAGGAUGGGUCCUCAGGAGAGGAGGCUGAGCACCAGGUGGACGUGUCCGAUGGCAUCAGGCUGGUUCCAGACAGAGCAGAGGCCACGACAGCCACAGCCUCAGAUGAAAUCAUGCACCAGGACAUCGUCCCGCUCUGUGCCGCCGACAUCCAGGAGCAGCUGAAGAAGCGCUUUGCUUACCUGUCUGGCGGGCGGGGGCAGGACGGAAGCCCAGUCAUCACCUUCCCUGACUACCCAGCCUUCAGCGAGAUCCCGGACAAGGAGUUCCAGAGUGUCAUGACCUAUCUCACCAGCAUCCCCAGUUUGCAAGAUGCUGGCAUUGGAUUCAUCUUGGUCAUAGACCGAAGACAGGACAAAUGGACCUCUGUGAAGGCGUCAGUCCUGCGAAUAGCCGCAUCGUUCCCGGCCAACCUGCAGCUUGUCCUUGUUCUCCGGCCCACGGGCUUCUUCCAGAGGACUCUCUCAGACAUCGCCUUCAAGUUCAACAGAGAUGAGUUUAAGAUGAAAGUGCCGGUCAUGAUGCUAAGCUCAGUGCCAGAACUACACGGCUACAUCGAUAAGUCACAGCUGACCGAGGACCUCGGGGGGACCCUGGACUACUGCCACUCCAGGUGGCUGUGCCACCGCACAGCGAUUGAGAGCUUCGCCCUGAUGGUAAAGCAGACGGCCCAGAUGCUGCAGGCCUUCGGGACCGAGCUGGCCGAGACCGAGCUGCCCAACGACGUCCAGUCAACCAGCCUGGUGCUCAGCGCGCACACGGAGAAGAAGGCUAAAGUCAAGGAGGAUCUGCAGUUGGCGCUGAAGGAGGGGAACAGCAUCCUCGAGAGCCUCAGGGAGCCACUGGCUGAGAGCACCGCCCACAGUGUGAACCAGGACCAGCUGGACAAUCAGGCCACCGUGCAGAGGCUCCUGGCCCAGCUGAAUGAGACCGAAGCUGCCUUUGACGAGUUCUGGGCAAAGCAUCAGCAGAAGCUGGAACAGUGCCUGCAGCUGCGGCAUUUUGAGCAAGGUUUCCGGGAGGUCAAAACCACCUUGGACUCCAUGUCCCAGAAGAUAGCUGCUUUCACGGAUGUCGGCAACAGCCUGGCCCAUGUGCAGCACCUCCUGAAGGACUUGACGACCUUUGAGGAGAAGUCCAGUGUGGCUGUGGACAAGGCCCGAGCCCUGUCACUGGAAGGUCAGCAGCUGAUUGAGAACAGACACUAUGCUGUGGACUCCAUCCACCCCAAAUGUGAGGAGCUCCAGCACCUCUGUGACCACUUCGCCUCUGAGGUCACCAGGAGGCGGGGCCUUCUCAGCAAGUCCUUGGAGCUGCAUAGCCUCCUGGAGACGUCCAUGAAGUGGAGCGAUGAGGGGAUCUUCCUGCUAGCCUCGCAGCCUGUGGACAAAUGCCAGUCCCAGGAUGGCGCGGAGGCAGCCCUUCAGGAGAUCGAGAAGUUUCUGGAGACCGGUGCAGAAAAUAAGAUUCAGGAGCUCAAUAAGAUUUACAAGGAAUAUGAGUGCAUCCUCAACCAGGACCUUCUGGAACACGUGCAAAAAGUCUUUCAGAAGCAAGAAAGCACUGAGGAGAUGUUCCACCGCAGGCAGGCCAGCCUGAAGAAACUGGCAGCCAAGCAGACACGGCCUGUGCAGCCCGUGGCCCCCCGACCAGAGGCGCUUACCAAGUCCCCCUCCCCCUCACCAGGCUCCUGGCGAAGCUCUGAGAACUCCAGCUCUGAGGGCAGCGCCCUCCGCAGAGGGCCCUACAGGAGAGCCAAGAGCGAAAUGAGUGAGCCCCGGCAGGGCCGCACCAGCUCCACAGGGGAGGAGGAAGAGAGCCUGGCCAUCCUACGCAGACAUGUGAUGAAUGAGCUUCUGGACACGGAGCGGGCCUACGUGGAGGAGCUGCUCUGUGUCCUGGAGGGCUAUGCUGCAGAGAUGGAUAACCCCUUGAUGGCACACCUCAUCUCCACAGGCCUGCAAAACAAGAAGAACAUUCUGUUUGGGAACAUGGAGGAAAUCUAUCACUUCCACAACAGAAUAUUCCUGCGGGAGCUGGAGAGUUGCAUAGACUGCCCAGAGCUGGUGGGGAGGUGCUUUCUGGAAAGGAUGGAGGAGUUCCAGAUCUAUGAGAAGUACUGUCAGAACAAGCCACGCUCCGAGAGCCUGUGGAGGCAGUGCUCCGACUGCCCCUUCUUCCAGGAGUGCCAGAAGAAGCUGGACCACAAGCUGAGCCUCGACUCCUACCUGCUGAAGCCUGUGCAGAGGAUAACCAAGUACCAGCUGCUGCUCAAGGAAAUGCUGAAAUACAGCAAGCACUGUGAAGGGGCUGAGGACCUGCAGGAGGCGCUAAGCUCCAUCCUGGGCAUCCUCAAGGCGGUGAACGACUCUAUGCACCUCAUCGCCAUCACUGGCUAUGAUGGAAACCUUGGUGACCUGGGGAAGCUGCUGAUGCAAGGUUCCUUCAGCGUGUGGACAGACCACAAGAAGGGCCACACCAAAGUGAAGGAACUAGCCAGGUUCAAGCCCAUGCAGCGGCACCUGUUUCUGCAUGAGAAAGCCGUCCUCUUCUGCAAGAAGAGGGAGGAGAACGGGGAGGGCUACGAGAAGGCUCCAUCCUACAGCUACAAGCAGUCCUUGAAUAUGACUGCCGUUGGCAUCACAGAGAACGUGAAAGGUGACACCAAGAAGUUCGAGAUCUGGUACAACGCAAGGGAGGAGGUUUACAUCAUUCAGGCACCGACUCCCGAGAUUAAAGCAGCGUGGGUGAAUGAGAUCCGGAAGGUGCUGACCAGCCAGCUGCAGGCCUGCCGGGAGGCCAGCCAGCACCGAGCUCUGGAACAGUCCCACAGCCUCCCUCUGCCCACGCCAUCCAGCACUAGUCCCACAAAAGGGAGCACGAGAAACGUCAAGAAGCUCGAAGAUCGGAAGACGGACCCGCUCAGCCUGGAAGGCUACGUGAGCUCGUCAUUACCAAAGCCCCCUGAGAAGGGCAAAGACGAUGCGGUCCCUAGUUCUACCUCUGAAAGCUCUGCGCUUUCCAGAAAGCGCUUCACGCUGCAGGGCUUGGCUAACCUCAAAGCCUCUCCGACCAGCCCUGACAAAAAAGCUAAGCGGCACGAAGUAAAGAGCGACCCGACUCCCUUUGGUUUGCGAGGCUGGAGUAAAACACCCCACUCACUGGAGGCCCCUGAGGAGGACGGAGGCUGGUCCAGUGCUGAGGAGCUCAUCAACUCAUCGGAUGCUGAGGAAGAUGGCGGAGUGGGCCCUAAGAAGCUGGUUCCGGGUAAAUACACAGUGGUGAUGGAUGAUGAGAAAGGGGGCCCUGACACCCUUGCCAUGAGGAGUGGGGAUAUGGUGGAGGUAGUGGAAGAAGGCGCUGAGGGCCUCUGGUAUGUUCGGGACCUGACCAGCAGCAAGGAGGGAUGGGUGCCCGCCAGCAGCCUCUCCACCCUCCUGGGCAAAUCCAGCUCAGCCCAGUGUCUGAGCAGCUCAGACUCCAGCCCAGGGUCAGCCGUGCUGAGCACCUCAUCCAGCUGCAGCGAGGGCUACCCUACUCCCUUCUCCGAGCUCCAGGGAUAGUGGCCAGGCCUCUGUGGCGGGCGCUCAAGGCCACCGUGCAGUAGACCAGCAUGCAAAUCUCUAAGUUUUCUUUCUUUGCUUGGGCUUGCUUAGUGUGGGCGGGGACGGUGCUCCACCAUGUCUGGGAACAGGAGGAGCCUGUCAACCAUGGGCUUCAGAGGACACUGGGGCCUGGGGACCAGGACUCCGCUGCAUGUGCAGAAGCCAGGAGACAGCAGUUCACCACCAAAGCUUCUUCAGAGACUCCAGAGUGAACAGAGGUGGGGCAGUGGGUCAGGAGACCACUGUGCGGAGAGGUGGGAGACAGCUCUUUGCCACACUUGCAUAGCCAACAGCCCCUGCUGUGCAGCUCUCCAAGGUGUCCUGGCUUCUCUGGUGCUUUCUCCGGGAACACCAUCCUGAGGAAGCCACUUCUAACAGGAGUGAACAGUUUGCUACCAACAGCUUAAGAAGGGGAUCGAGGGACUCUCUUGUCUUUUAUAAGUUCUUGAUUUUUUUUUAAAAACAGGGAUUAACCCCAUGGCCAUUUUUUGUGGUACUCUGGCCUCAAAUCUUUAACCAAGAAUCACUGUGUUUACAUGAAAUGACAAUUUGAUACUGUAUUUGAUAUAAAACUAUUUUUUGUUACUGGGGUUUACAUCGAAGCACGUUGUUUAUACAACUAACUGAUUUCUGGGGCACUCUCGCUAAGACCUGGCACUCCCUGGAAUACAGGUGCAGGAAGGCCUGGUAAACCAGGGGGCGUGUCCUCCUGCUAGGCCAGGGGGCGUGUCCUCCUGCUAGGCCAGGGGGCGUGUCCUCCUGCUAGGCCAGGGGGCGUGUCCUCUUGCUAGACCAGAGGGCAUCUCCUCCACCAAAAGCAGUUGGAAAUCACUGAGAGUCUUACAUCUGCAUAGGUUUCAUUUUCACAAGAAAUGUAAAAUAUAAUUUAAAAUAUUAGCCUUCUUUUCUACACUAUAAAGGAGACUCUCUGUUUUUUAAAAGAACAUCAUUAAAUUAGGAUAUUUUUAUUAUUUUUAAAGAAAAUGUGUAACUCCAUGCUGUCAGCCAUCCUCAGCAACUCAGGCACUGGCUGCCUCUCCAUGUCAGGGCAGGCCCCACUUCCCCUCCCUAGCCCUGCCCACCCCUGCCCUGCAGGAGGGGCUGCAGCUGAGCUUGUGGGGGACCCACGGCCUCCAUCAAGUCACCACGGCACAACUGCCACAGACUGUUGUUUUCCCCUUUUUUGUGUGUUUCAGAAACAAAUUCUGUUCUUUGGAAACUUUCUGUGCCUAGUAGGGCAAAUAUUUUUAUAUGUGUAUAUAUAUGUUCACAUGUGUACAUAUGAUCUUGGUGUAAAGGAUGUAUUUAUGGUCUCACGCUGCUGAACAUGUGUCACUUUACGGUCCCUCCCUGUCCCCUCACCCUGCUGCCAUGGGAGGCCACCGAGGCUCGUUCACCACUGUCUGUCCAGGAAAAACACUUUCCUCCCUGCCCUGUGGCUUGCAAAGCCAUUACUGGCUACACCUUCAGAGAAUGAUAAUAAAAUAAAAAACGUGCAGAGA